CGACUGAUUUUUUCGAGAUAUUUCUUUUCAAUUUAGAUAUUUUUUUGUAACAUAAUAAUCAUCAGGUAUUUGAUGUUGCACGCUGAUCAUCGUGGAUACCCGAGUGGCAUCUCAAAAUUGAAGUUCCUGCACGUGAAUAGCAACGGAGGGCGAUUCAGCGGCCACACUCAACAGACAGGGAGUCCAGCAGGUAGCAUAGGUGACAGUAGCAGCCAGCAGGAGGGCGAGGAUGACACUCACGGACAUCACCCGGAGCGUGGAGGCCUGAGUGAGACUUCCUUGGGGCCCUUGCCACUGGGUGGCAACAAUAAUGGUGGAGGCCCAUGAAGGGGAGGUGGUGGUGGUGGCCAUGUGGUACCAGACUCACUCGUCUCCAUAGAGCUGAUCAUUGCCAGGUGGGGGUCGCCAUGACUCCAGAUAUCUACCACGAGAAGCAGAUCAAGGAACUGUGUGCCCUACAUUCCCUGAACAACCUUUUCCAAGAUGGUGCUGCCUUUGCCAAGAGUGAGUUGGACAACAUAUGCUAUGCUCUUUCUCCAGACAAUUGGUUCAACCCUCACAAAUCCCUCUUAGGAACAGGCAACUAUGAUAUUAAUGUCAUCAUGGCAGCCCUGGUCUCCAAAGGAUGUGGAGUUGUCUGGUUUGACAAGAGAAAAGACCCACGGGUGCUGAUGCCAGAGAAGGCAGUAGGGUUCAUCCUCAACGUUCCCUCACAGUACCGGCUGGGCCCUGUACAACUACCUCUGCGCAGGAAACAUUGGAUUGCCAUCCGUAGCAUACGGGGGAUUUAUUACAACCUAGACUCUAAGCUUGAUACUCCAGAAAUAAUAGGGAAGGAGCAGGAGUUAAUCAACUACCUGCGUGAGGAACUGAAGCACAAAGACAAGGAAUUGUUUGUGGUGGUAACGGAGGAGGUGGAGCGGCUGCGAGCUUGGUGCUCCUCUCAGCCUCUCCACCCAGCAGCAGCAGGCAGUACAAACAGUGUUGAGGGCAAGGAGUUCCUGGCAACCACGACAAGUACAAAUUGUUUAGUCAAUGGGAAAGAGUUGCAAUGCGGGGAGGCAUUCAACCCUCCUGGUCUGUCUUUCAUAGAUCAAGAGCCAGCAGGACCCGACAGCUGGUCGGUGGGGGAGGCCAUGAAGGCAAGUCAGGAAACACUAUAGGUUUACAGUGUGGCUAGAUGAUGGUGAUACUAAAAACUGGCAUUGUGCAUAAUGCAGUGUCUUCACUAGUGUUAUGGAGUUUGGUACAAAAUAGAAAUUUAUUUACAGCACUUCAUUAAUUUUGAAGUGCAGGAAAAAAGGUGUUAGAUGUUUUCACAGGUUACUCGAUGGUUACUCAACUUUCAAAUUUUACAAGGUAGUGUGUAGAUUUCAGUAUUAGUAAGUUGUCUGAACUACAUGAUACACAACAGCAAACACAGGCAUAAUGAGAAUACAUCAUCAAGUGGUGUAGGUGAUUCCAGCCUGUGGUGUAUCUCACUGCCAUAGCUUAGCCUGCAGUAAUAAUGUAAGUGAUUUUUUCUUUUACCAUGCAUUGUAUUUCAGAAGUUUAAAUAAAUGUUUGCUUGGAAACUUUUCUAUCAUAUUUGCAUUUUACACAGUGAACAAAACCAAGCAAAUACAGACUUCAUCCAUUCAAAUGUCAAUAGUAAUAACAAUUGAAAACAAGUAAAAUUUUGCAUUAGAACUUUCUAACAGUAACAGAUUUUACAGAAGCAGAUGUCAGAAAAAGUGCACAAUACUCUUAAAUGUUAUAUGUAUAUAUUUCUAGUUCAUAUUUUACAUUCCUAUUUGUUAUAUCUUUAUAUUUGAUGGUUGUUACUAUGACAAGAAUGGUACUUCAUUCAAAGGGAUAAUAGGCAGUUACUGCACUAUACAGUGCUCAGACAUGCCAAAAUUAAACUUACUAUUGGUCUUUAUUAAUUAGUAGAAUGUCCAAACUAUUUAAUAUUGUAUUUUAAGAAACACACACACACACACACACACACACACACCUGAUUGCAAUAUAUAAAGCAUAUGAGGGAGUAGAGAAGGUGGACUGGAAUGACUUGAUGGUUUGGGAUGCAUGUGAUACUAGAGGACAUGGAAGGAUGAAGAAGAGUGCUUGUAGAAGAGAUGUCAAAAAGUAUAGUUUCCUGUAUAGAAUUAUUGAUGUAUGGAACAGUCUGGAUGAGGAGUUAGGAAAUGCAAGAAGUAUACAUGAAUUCAAGGCUAAGUUGGAUAUUAAAAGUUAUGGAAAUGGGACAGCAUGAGCAUAGCUCUUUUUCCAUAAAACACACACACACACACACACACACACACACACACACACACACACACACACACACACACACACACACCUGGCCUCCCAGGUUAAGGUGGGUUGGCACACAGAAAGCUUAGAGCAUAAACACAUUAAAAAAAAAUGAAAAUGUAGCAUUAUCAUCAAAUCAAAAUUUUAUCACUGAUUUUUCUGUCUGUCUAUGUACCAGGUUGGCAUCUCUUAUGAAUGGAGGUAGCCAAGGCAAGGCACCCACCUAACCACCAACCCACACAAACACACACUCAACUAACACCCCAAAACGAAAUUACUAUCCAUCUUAGUCCCUGCACCUUGUGGGAAGGUAGUGGGAGGGGGGGAUUGAUCCUCAUGACUUUUACUGCAAGGGUCAGUUAUGCAGCACGCAAAAAACAAUCCACACUCAGGCCAGAAAGCAGGAAUGGUUUACCCAUGAUGCACCAUGAUAGAUCCAACCUUCCUCCCACAUUUGAUCUGAUCAGCUGAUUUAAUCAACUUUCAUAUAAAUAUUAAAAAAAUAUUUUUACACAUACACUCUCUGUUUGCACACAUUCAUGCCUUGGUGCAUUCUGAUAUUUUCACUUCAAAAUAUAUUAAUUUAUUUUUUGUAAUUUUUACUUUUCAUGAUACAUGGAUUCAGUUUUUGUAGACAUGUAUGGAUAUACUCAAUGAUAUACUUCAUACAUACUCACCAUGUGUUUCUUGUUGUUUUCCCCUAAAACACAUUGCUUUAUUUUUCACAUGCAUGACCUCAUGACUCCCAUAACGAAGCUUCAGUGCCAGUGGUUUACCUGGCUACUUCCUAUAGCUUAAGAUCACAUUAUUCUGGAGCAUGUUCCUCCAUAUAUAUACCAUAUUGCUCCAUCCUUGUCCUUUACAUAGCUCUCACCUUUCUGGGUGCUCACAACUACUGUAACACUGAUCUUUGCCUCUAAUUUCCCUGCCUUAAUGUCCACACUUUAAGUAUCUCCACACUACAUGUACUAUAGUGGAUGCAGCCUUGGUAUUCAGGGUUUUGACUGUACCUGUCCUACACUGUUAUUAUAUUCACACUCAACAGGCACAUGAACACCUCUCUCUUUCUUUCAUGCUGUUAUCUUUUGCCUAAUUAUUGCAAAAUUAUAAGUUGUUACAUACGACUGCAUGUUUUUUUUAAUGGCUUUCAGUCUGUUGAUGGGACGCCAACACUAUGUAUCUUUCAGCACACAUGGCAAUGCAUAUGGGCUGUGUGGCACUGCUGUCCCAGUGUUCUUGACACAUGAAUCCCCCAAGCUGUGCCCUACUGACCCAGGUCAGGCCAGGUCACCCCAGGGACAAGGUGGCAACAGUGUGGAUAGGUACAGCCAGCACCCUGAGUAUCAAAUUAGUCUGGGUACACUAUAACUUAAAUGUCUACUAACAGUCCAGAUAUUCAGGUUUUAGGGUACAAUAACCUUCACAGAAAUUUCAGAGCAACCAUCAAAUAUAUUGAAUUCUGAGUAGGAUUUGUUACUUAUUAUUUUGCUUGAUUAGGAUUGAGUUGUUUUAGUACUGUAUGUUUUGUGCUUAUUGUAUCUUUGCAUCCUGAUGGCUUCAUCCCCCAUGAGGAUUACUUUAGCACAAGGACUUCCAUAAUUCCCUAACAAACCACUAUUCUUCCACUUCUGCCAAGGUGUUACAGUACACAUUUGGUCAACAGAUGCAUGACUAGUUCCUUAUAUUGGUCUUUUCUAAACUGCUUUGUCAUUCAGUGUAAUGCUUAUUGUUCACAUUCUUUAAACAUUAUUUUAUUUACUUAUAAUAAAGAUUAUGUGACAA